CUACCACUAAAUUAAACCCCACAUAAAACAAUAAAGACACGAAAUAUAAACACAUAAGCAAAACUAUAGGAACAGAAAAUAAAUAAAAAGAAUCAUUCCAGCAUCAUUCCUCAAAUCAUUUUAAGACAAUUAUUCAAAGCAGCAACUUGGUCUUCCCUUUUUUUUUGCUUCCAAAAAUUUUAAAACCCCAAAAGAUCUUUACAUAAAGAUCACCAACCAGCCACAUAGAACUCACAACCAUCGGUCUUCUUCUUAUUCUUUCUUCAGCACCAAACAGUCAUGAUGCAAGUGGCCUCUCCUCGUACACGGUCGGAUUCAAUCACUGAGAAGGUGUUCCGACGAGUCUACAGCAAUUUUAACAUCUCCACGGUCGAGGAUGAUGACUACAUCCAUUGUCGGAGAUCAAGUGAUUACGAGAGAGUGAGUCUAAGAAAGAAAGGGUUCCAAGAAAAGGAAGUGGUUAUGGAGAUGGAGCAGAUGGGAGCAGAGAGGAUCAAAACUGUUCUUAUUCUCAUGAGUGAUACAGGCGGUGGCCACCGUGCCUCCGCCGAAGCUAUCCGUGACGCUUUCAAGAUUGAGUUCGGAGAUGAUUACCGGAUAAUCAUAAAAGAUGUUUGGAAAGAAUACACUGGAUGGCCAUUGAAUGACAUGGAGAGACAGUACAAGUUCAUGGUGAAACAUGUUGGUCUUUGGUCAGUCGCGUUUCAUGGUACCUCUCCCAAAUGGAUCCACAAAAGUUAUCUCAGUGCUCUUGCCGCAUAUUAUGCCAAAGAAAUAGAGGCCGGUUUAAUGGAGUACAAACCGGACAUUAUUAUUAGCGUGCAUCCAUUGAUGCAACACAUCCCAUUGUGGGUAAUGAAAUGGCAAGGACUUCAUAAGAAAGUCAUUUUCGUGACGGUCAUCACUGAUCUAAACACUUGUCACCGUACAUGGUUCCAUCAUGGAGUCAGCAGAUGUUAUUGUCCGUCCAAAGAGGUCGCUAAGAGAGCAUUAGUAGACGGCCUUGAUGACUCUCAAAUCCGUGUCUUUGGCUUACCCGUCCGCCCAUCAUUUCCCCGAACUAUUAUCAACAAGGAUGAACUAAGGAGAGAGCUUGAAAUAGACUUAAAUCUACCUGCGGUUCUAUUAAUGGGAGGCGGUGAAGGAAUGGGUCCGGUUCAGAAAACCGCUAAAGCCCUCGGGGAUUCCUUAUACAACUCUAAAGAAAUAAAGCCAAUAGGACAAUUAAUUGUCAUAUGCGGCCGGAACAAAGUUCUUGCCUCUGCAUUAGCAUCCUAUGAAUGGAAGAUUCCCGUCAAGGUUCGAGGGUUUGAAACACAAAUGCAAAAAUGGAUGGGAGCUUGUGAUUGUAUCAUCACAAAGGCUGGUCCAGGUACAAUCGCGGAAGCAUUGAUAUGUGGUCUCCCAAUUAUCCUCAAUGAC